AUGGCGACGGAUGCAGGGAAGAAGGCGUAUGUUGUUGCCAUGGUGAUCCAGGUGAUCUACACCGGCAUGUACGUCGUCUCCAAGGCGGCCUUCGAUGGCGGCAUGAACACCUUCGUCUUCAUCUUCUACCGCCAGGCAGCCGCCACUCUCCUCUUGCUACCCCUCGCCAUCCUCCUCGAGAGGAGGAACGCGCCACCCAUGUCACUGUGGUUGUUCACCAAGAUCUUCAUGUACGCUCUACUCGGGAACACGGUGAGCAUGAACCUGCACAACAUCAGCCUCAAGUACACCUCGGCGACGGUGGCAUCAGCCACGAGCAACUCCAUCCCCGUCAUCACCUUCCUCUUCGCCGUCCUCCUCCACCUCGAAGCCAUCAAGCUCCGCGCCGCUUCGGGCACGGCGAAGCUCGCCGGCGUCGCGCUCUGCGUGGCCGGCAUCCUCGUCAUCGCCCUCUACGCCGGGCCGCCGCUUAGCCCCCUCAACCACCACCGCGCCUUCCACGCGCACGCCGCCGCCACGGCCGCCGGGAAGCAGGGGGAGUGGAUGAAAGGCACGUUCCUGAUGCUCCUGGCCAACGUGACGUGGUCCCUCUGGAUCGUCCUCCAGGCGCGCCUCCUCAAGGAGUACCCCAACAAGCUGCUGGCCACGGCGCUGCAGUGCCUGCUAAGCACGGUGCAGUCGCUCGCGCUGGCCGCGGCCGUGACCGCUGGCGGCGGGGAGGACAUGUCGGCUGCGUGGACGCUGCGGCUGGACGUGGGUCUCGUCGCCGUCGCCUACUCCGGGUUCGUGGUCACGGGGGUGUCCUUCUACCUGCAGGCGUGGUGCAUCGAGAGGCGGGGCCCCGUGUUCCUGGCCAUGUCUAAUCCGGUGGGGCUCGUGCUCACCGUGUUCUGCUCCUCCUUCUUCCUCGGCGAGGUCGUCCACCUCGGCAGCGUCCUCGGUGGGGCGCUCCUGGUCGCCGGGCUGUACAGCGUGCUCUGGGGGAAGAGCAAGGAGCAGCCGGCGCCGCCCCCGCUUAGUGCAGCUCCUGUAUCAGCAACCACCAUGAAACAAGGAUGCGAUGGUAGCAAUGCUCGCACCGGCGCCAUGAACAAGGAAGAUGACGACGAGGUGAAACCGGAGGAGGAGAGGAGAACCAAGCUGGAUUCACAGGUGUAG